GGCUGGCCGGCCGGCGGGAUAGGCGACGAGGCGAAGUAACUGGAGACGGCGCGGGCGGACCGCUCCGUGUGGCUCAUGAAGCGCUCCCCCGUCAUCUCCCAGGCCUGGCACUGGCAGGGCGCCUCCGCCUCCUCCAGCGAAGCUAACCCUAACCCGGCCGUCGCCAAGGUCGUGAUGUCCCUCGACCCCCUCAGCUCCGCCGAGCCCUCCCUCCAGUUCAAGAUGGCGAAGGCUCCAACUAGGGAAGCUAGCACUUGCAGUUUACCAAAGAGUUCCUCCUUGAAUAUGCUCUUACUCCUCCUCCAGCUCCUCGCCAUCACCACCCUCCCUUGCUCUGCCAACAACGCCACCCAACUAGUCUAUGACACGGAGGGCAACGUGCUAAGUAGCAAGCAAAAUUACUACAUCCUCCCUGCUAAACGUGCGACCGGCGGGGGCCUCAGAGCUUUGCCUACUGGCCUGAGGUGUCUGCACUUCGUGUUCCAGGAGCGCAACGGGGCUGUCCUCGGCACCGCCCUGCGGUUCACGCCACUACCAGAACACGCUUCAGCCAGCGAGCCGAUUCGCUUGUCGAGGGACAUCUGGAUCGAGUUCCAUGAUUUUGAUAGUUUUUGCUCUGAAAGGCUAGAUUGGCACCUUACCGAUCAGGUACCGGAGUCGUCAUCAGGAGAGCCUAAACACGUGGCCGCCGGCAGUGAAGAGGGCCUAAGAUCGUUUGCGGUGUUCCGGGUUGAGAGGCAUGGCACAGGUCUCUCGGGAUAUAAGAUAGUUUCAUGUGUUGACAAGGGGCCAUGCAAAGAUCUCAAGAUGGAGAUGCCUCAAACUAGGGAAACUAGCAGUUGCAAUUUACCAAGGAGUUGCUCCUUGAAUAUGUUCUGCCUCCUCCUCCAUCUCCUUGCCAUCACCACCCUGCCUUGCUCUGACAACAACACCACCCAACUGGUCUAUGACACAGAAGGCAACGAGCUAAAUAGCAAGUCAAAUUACUACAUCCUCCCAGCCAAACCUGCGAGCAGUGGCGGCCUCAAAGCCGUCCCGACCGAUCUACGGUGCCUACAUUUUGUGGUCCAGGAGCGCAGCGAGACUCUCCUCAGCACACCCCUGCGAUUCACUCCGUUGCCAGAACAUGCUUCUGCCACUGAGCCGAUCCGCCUGUCGAGUGACAUAUGGAUCGAGUUCCACGACUUGAGAAGCUUUUGCUCUGAUGUGCUAGAUUGGCACCUUACCGGACAGGUGCCGGAGUCGUCAUCGGGAGAGCCUAAACACGUGGCCGCCGGCAGUGAAGAGGGCCUAAGAUCGUUUGCGGUGUUCCGGGUUGAGAGGCAUGGCAUAGAUCUCUCGGGAUAUAAGAUAGUUUCAUGUGUUGACAAGGGGCCAUGCAGAGACCUAGGUUUGCAUGUUUAUAAGGAUAAGACAUGGCUAACGGAAAAGGACUAUAUAGGUGUUUUUUUGCUUGGACCACUGAUUAAGUUUUUGAUCGCAGGUGCUCGUGAUAUUCUGACGUGA